CAUCGGCACGAGCGCAGUCACGAUGCGCGCGCCGCCCCAAACCGCGGCCUGUAUCCUCGUCGCUUAUGUGUCCCUGGUACACGCCACCUCCGAACAUUCGGGAUACUAUGCUGAAGAUGGUUACCAUGAGGAUGUGAUUGACGUGGUAGAUAUGAGGUCUGCUUGUCCGACGGAGCGCGUGCUUCGUUCCCGGGAGACGUGCCGUGUGAGCGGAGCGGACGUGCAGUGUAUCCGGCUGCAUUGCUGCGAUACGCAUAACUACAUUGCUGGAAGGUGCAUCCCUAAGGCCGUGGACCCUUGCAGCCUACGUCUCUGUGAACAAGGCUGCGUGGUCCGCAACCAACGGAUGUGGUGCUCCUGCCACCCCGGCUUCACGCUGAGCCUCGACAAUUAUAACAGAAAGACGCAGCCAUAUUGUGUCGACGUAGACGAAUGUCUGGACAACAAUGGCGGCUGCGAGCAGCGCUGCGUCAACGACCCGGGCGGCUUCCACUGCGAGUGCUCGGCGCCGCUCACACUGGCCGCUGACAGCAGGAGGUGUAUUAGAACUGCUGUAACUGUUGCUCUCCCGGAGCCGCUGCCCCUGGUGCGCGCAUCGUCCCGCUGCUACGCGCCCUGCGACACCGUGUCGUGGCUCUCCAAGAAGGUGAGGCAGCUGGGGGAGCAGCUGCACGCCACGCAGGCCAAGCUCAACAAGCUGGCAGAGACAGCGGCCGUACCUGGAGGAGAGGAGCGGUUUGCAGAAGGUACAUACGCUCACAGAGUGUUGGAUGCUACCGCGCCGCUGGAAGGUGGAUACUGUCGAUGUGAAAGAGGUCCCAGGGGACCACCGGGAGCGCCAGGCAUGGAAGGCCCCAAGGGCGACACGGGGCCCCGAGGCCCCCGAGGCUCCAGAGGCCCCAAAGACAAUCUGGAUCUCAUGCUGUUAUUAUUGGCAGACAUAAGACACGACAUCCACAACUUGGAGAAAAAAGUUUAUAAAGAUGGGGAAAAACCCGAUCGGUUCGACCUGCAGAAGGCAUGGAGACACCAGAAGAGGCAAGACAAGUUGGAGAGAGAGAACGAGACAGAUAAACAGUUAGAAGCGUACACCGCGCCACCUGUAGAGGGACCCGACGGCAUGGUUGACAUCAACACCCAUGGUUUGACAGGGCAGAUAGGGCGCGCCGCGACCACGCCGGGCUGGUCUCUCAUGAAGGAGGACGCGGGCGAGGACAAAGACCUUCAAGAGAUGGACGAGAAGCUGAGGCAGUUCCACAUUCUGGCCAACAGCACGAGCCCCGGCGACGACGACAUCGACACAGACUACGAGUACAGCUUCUACUGAGAGUACACUGUUGAUUAUGA